CCAGUUUCAGCUCUUUGUUGCUGCCUUCAAUUAGUUGGUCAACAGUAGAAUCAUUCCUGUCAAGCAACGAUAUAAACAACCAGUGGUAGUGGACAGAAACGGGUAAUAUUUCAUUAGGAUAGCCGUAAAACAGCGCUCAAAAUUCUCAUGUGUUCACAACAGCAACUCGCCAUCGUCGUAUUCUGCACUUACUGCUAUCUAAAUUUGCUAUUCUCCCAAACAGUGACAUAAGAUGGACAUUACUCUUCAAGUGGCAGUUAUUAUAAGUGCCGCAAUUCUCGGCAUUUCUGAAGCUGUUCCAAAGAAACCGUAUUAUUGGACAACUCGGAAACUGGAAUGUGAAUCCAUAGCAGGUCAUCGAGUGUCACGCUGUGCCUUACAUAAUCCAGAAUCAAAAACUGAACUGAACCCUUUAUGUUAUGAAGAAGUUCAUGAGAUAAGGAAUGAAACGAAAAUUUAUUGCCGCAUAAUGUGCGAAGAAUCAGACGACACAACUGUGCUAGCAAAAGUACCCACGUGGAAUCACGCUUGUAACAUUUACUACAAUUACAUGCUCGAAAGGUUCCGUGAGGAUUGGUAUCUUUGGCGUUCAGGCGAUUGCCUCAAUACAACUAUAACAUUCGAAGUGCGAUGUGGUUUUGCUCGUGAUUCACGAGUGUUUUAUCGACAAAACCAAAAAUUAUUUGAAUAUGAUGAUUCAGAAGAUGAGCAGAAACGAGCGAGAAAUUGGCGAAUUGCUUUCGCAUAGAUAUUACAUUUGUCAUAAAAAUAAACACG